AUGGGUCUGUUGAGAAAGAUUUUCAUUCCCUUUGUAGGAUUGGUCUUGGCCUUCUGUUUUUAUUCAGCAAGGGAGGAUUUUAAACCUGAGAUGCUGAAAGGGAAGCGAGUGAUUGUCACUGGAGCAAGCACUGGAAUUGGAGAGCAAAUGGCUUAUCACCUGGCGCGGAUGGGAGCCCAUGUUCUGAUCACAGCACGGACGGAAGCCAAGCUUCAGAAAGUCAUCACACGGUGUCUGGAGCUGGGUGCAGCCUCCGCGCAGUAUGUGAGCGGCAGCAUGGAGGAUGAGGCCUUUGCCGAGCAUGUGGUGAAGGAGGCUGAGCUAGUGCUGGGAGGCCUAGACAUGCUGAUCCUCAACCACGUUGGCAACUCAUACUUCAACUAUUUCGACGGAGACGUGGGGCACGUGCAGAAGCUUCUGAAGAUUAACUUUCUCAGCUACGUGGCCAUGACUGUUUCGGCGCUGCCCAGGCUGAAAGACAGCGGGGGCAGCAUCGUGGUGGUUUCAUCCAUGGCAGGUAAAGCUGGGUUUCCAUUUACUGCUCCCUACUCUGCAACGAAGUUUGCCCUAGAUGGGUUUUUCAGCUCCUUGCGGCAGGAAUUAAUCAUUCAGAAGGUUGAUGUUUCCAUCACGCUCUGUAUACUCGGCUUCGUUGAUACAGAAAGUGCCAUGAAAGCAGCUUCUGAUGUGGUGCUGAUGUCCCCUGCACCAAAGGAGGAGUGUGCGCUGGAAAUCAUCAAGGGGGGAGCCCUCCGCCAACGGGAAAUUUACUACAAAUACGCAGCUACCAAAAUCCCCCUCUUGAUCCGGGACUGGGCUCCAGAACUCCUGGAUUAUCUGAUCAGAAGAAGCUACAACGUGGAGAACCUAAAGAAAAAUUAA